UAACCUCGGGUCGGGCCGACUUUGUUUUGCCUCGUUCCAUUCUGUUGCCAGGUUUAAUCCCGCUGGUUGGCAACAAAUGUCAAAGAGGAUUCGGAUCCUUAUAUUUGCUCGUAUAUGACUCUGAGAUGACCAUCGUUUUCGGCCUCCUACUUCUCAGGUGUAGUUUCGUUGGAGCACGAAAGCUUGUCAUAGUAUCAACUGGGAAUUCACAGCAAGCAGUUAUCUUGCUCCUCAUAGUUGACUCUAUUCUGUUCUUAUGCACAUCUUGGGGCCCAAGGACAAUCGACUACAAACACCAAAGCCACUGGUAAAAAUGCCAAAGAAGCCACAAUUCAGCCGGCACCACUCUACAAUUCCAUUUCCCAUCCCACUCUCCCAGUCGAGCCCACCAGAUCAUCCACGACGAAGAGCCUUCUCGUUUUUCCCUUUCCUAUUCAGUGGUCGGCGGAAGGCAUCCACCUCGACAACCGUGUCUUCCUCGUGCUCUGCAUGUUCAUCGUCCCAAAAUACCUCUGACACCCAAGCCAACUCCCCGCGUGUUCGCCAGCUCGACAAAGCUACACGAAUGCUCGGAGAAAGAAUCCCCCCGGAGCUUGUCCUAGGGCCGCCCAAGAGUCCUCAGCACCGCAUAAAACCACACGUCCCUCUCCGAACGCGUAGCUCAUCGCCGUCACUAUUUCCCCCGACCCCUCGGUCCAACCCAGAGCCCCGACAUAAACGCAGCUAUCUCAAUAUAGUUCGUUCCGGUCCACAAGUCCCAGAACCGGAGCACUCUCCUAGCACGUCUAGGCCACCAUCUAGGACGUCAAUGGAGGAAGAAACAAGUCCUUACUUGGAUACCUUUACCAAAACUCCGCCGCCCGGAACACCGUUUAUUGGCAGUGCCGUGAACUUAGAUUCGGACUCACAUCUCGGAUCCAGGAAGAAGUGGCAGCAGAGCUGGAGUGGCGAGUGGAACGUAAAAGAUAUGCAUGAGGUCAUUGGCAAAUUACGGCAUCUGCAUUGAAGCUGAGCUAGUCUACAUAGCUAUGCAGCUGGGCUGGACUCGAAAAGUAGUUUCCAGAGGGCUCGAGCUUGUGACGAUAUUUAUGAUGCAGAUUAUAUCCUACCGUUAAUCAGCUCUGGACCUACAGCUUGUUCGCGCUGAUAGCAUCGUCCUGAGGUAGUUGAAAAUUCCAGGAUAAUCACCGCUCUGCAAAAUUACAGGCUGUUGACUCUGUGUGUGCUAUAAGAAAAUGCAAGGCACCUCAAUGUAAGUGCACGUAGUGUAAUGAAGCGUCAACUAACAGAAUGCACUUCUAAACGAGGUGAUGAGAAAGGCGACACUGAUUUCCGACCAAAAGUUAGACGACCUUCAUCCUACAAUGGCGUAAGCUCAGGCAUCCGCACCGAGGGUUCUGACAAGUGACGAAAAAAUUACACCAUUAGCCCUGUCCCAUUAAUAACAC